AUGUCAACAUACACCGUUAGAUCGUCAAGCAUCUUCCGCUGGUUUCCACCCACCCUCAAGUUGGGUAGUGCAUCCAAGUGGUUCAAGGAGCUGGCCGACAGGGAGUGCAAGAGUCAGCUCGCGGACAUGGUUGAGGAUGAUAUCGACUGCAUCCAUCCCGUCUUCUCCCGAAUUGUGAUUAAGCUAAUGGCCCCGUUCCUGAGUGUCAUCAUUCCGGGUGUGGGUGAGCAUAGCACACCCUUGUUUGGGCUUGAAGUGCAGCAUGCCUUCGCCACUCGGCCGGCGGUCAAGUCGCUCAAGAUUCGGAUUCUCGCCACGGGUCAUAUGGGAAAGCACUAUGAGGUCUUGAAUCAACAUGCGUUCCCGUCCAUCUCGUAUGCCGAGUGGUUCGGAGAAGACGUCUGUGCCACCCAUGGGCUCAUGCCGAAGAAGGCCAUACUCAAUAGCGAGCUACUCAGAGAGGAGCUCCCCCGUGUCUGGUUCGUAAAUCCGGAUAACCGUCGCGAGAUCCACAUCGAUCUCAACCUCGACAGGUGCUUGAACGACAGCAUGCCGGAGACGGAACCAGAGCCCCGCGUUGCCUCCGGUAGAGUCCCUCUCCCAAGCGAGCUCAGCACCGAGAACAGAUUGGACAUCACCGACGACGUCCGGGGAACCAUCCCACCUAGCACUCCAGCUAGCCUUCCUAUUUUUCUCCCUCUCACGAUUAUCCACCGCCGCUCGCCCUGUAUCGUGCAUUACAGCUCCCCCAACGUCGCCAGAAACCUCUUCAUAGAGCUCAAAACAAGAACUACUACGUACAGAUGGGACAUCACCGACGCCGUCCCCUCUAGCCUUUUUCCUGACAGCAUCACGCGUGUCGGCGCCCCCUCGCCCGCUGUACUCGCUCAUGGGAGAUCCCCCGACAUCUUCAGAAACCCGUUCAUCGAUUUCGGCACAGGAAAUAAUACUAGCUACAGAUGGUACAUCAUCGACGAGGUCCCGGUAUCCAUCCGACCUAACCCUCCCGCUAGCCUUCCUCUUGACAGGAUCACGCUUGUCUGCGCCCCCUCGCCCGCUGUACUCGCUCAUGACAGCUCCUGA